AUGAAAACUUAAACAUCCAAAAUUUCACAUCGAUAAAUGUUUAUUAUCAGAAAUGAAUCAGCAGCUUUAUCAAGAAAACAUCACUUAUAUUAAUCAUCCCCUUAACCUCCUAUAUAAUUUAUCAUACAUGGUUAAUCUCUUGUUCCAACUAAAUUCAAGUCCUAAAAUAAACCUACUCCUAAAGAAAUUAAAUUAAAGUAAACUCUUAAAGCUGUACAUAUUAUAUCCUUAAUCCACUUAGAUCAAAUAUAAGUUGCAGUCUUUAAAAAUUGAAUAAUCUUAAAUUAAGAAAUAAGUCAUAUAACAAUCAUAAACUUUCAAAUCUCAUUUACAAUAAAUCAAAUCUGCUCAAGAAUUAAAUAUUAAUACAAUCCAUUAAUAUUUUAAUGAACAAAAUAAGUAUCCAUUUAUUUCUUUAUAUUUUAUAGGUUCUUCUAAGAAGAUAUUUCUAGACUCAAAUAACAAAUCUAAUUAAUAAAUUAUUAAGUUCAAUUUUUACAAUGA